AUGAGGACCUUCGUCGCUCUGCUGUUUGUUCUCGGCAGCUGUCUCUCUGAGCUGCAGCUUUUUCAAAGUAGAGACAUUGACAAGAAGCCAAUCCUUAUGGAAACCACACAGCGGGCCAGCGAGAGCCAGGUGGAGGAACAGAGAGUCCUACUCCAGGAGCUGAGAGCCAUUGUGGCUCAACAGAGCACCAAACUGAAUGAGAUGGGAGCCACCGUGGAGGAACUGAAGAGAGAGAACGGAGAGAGACCGAAGGUGGCCUUCUCAGCCUCGCUGUCUGAAUCCAAAGGACCAAAUAGUGAUGAUGUCAUCCUGGCCUACAAACAUGUCUUCAACAAUAUUGGUGAGGCUUACAGUCCGGUGACGGGUAUCUUCAGAGCACCGGUUAAUGGAGUCUACUACUUCACAUACACUGCCUUUACAACCUCCAGCAAGGGGAGAAGAGUGUCGCUGUAUAAAAAUGGACUUGUAAUGGUGACUGUGACCGAUGAUGUUUCGGACUCGGAGGACGGUGGAACCAAUGGUGUCACACUGCAGCUGGAUGCAGGAGACGAGGUCUACACUCGUCUGAUGGAAGGAUUUAACAUCUUUGAUGACAAUAAUCACCACAGCACCUUUACUGGCUUUCUGCUCUUCACUUAG